AAGUCCCCAACCAACCAACCAACCACUACGGCGAAGGCGAUGAUCAAAGUCUCUCCUUUUACUCUUUCAUCUGCCCGGAAAAGUUUCUAAUCCGGCGACCUUAGAUCGGAGAAAUUCCGUGUAUAUAUAUAUAUAUAUAAUUAUAUGUAUUUUAUAUGAAGAUCGUCACCUACAACGUGAAUGGCCUGAGGCCACGAAUCUCACAAUAUGGUUCUCUGCUCAAACUUCUCGACUCCUUCGACGCCGACAUCAUAUGCUUCCAGGAGACCAAGCUCCGAAGGCAGGAACUCACUGCCGAUUUGGUUAUGGCCGAGGGUUACGAGUCAUUCUUUUCCUGCACUCGCACCUCCGAACGAGGCCGAACUGGCUAUUCCGGUGUUGCUACUUUUUGCCGCGUGAAUUCGGCGUUUUCGAGUACCGAAGUGGCGUUGCCAUUAGCGGCCGAGGAAGGUUUUACGGGUGUUCUUGGGGGUUCUCGUUUGGGGAGAGGAGAGACGCACGUGGUUGCUGCUGGACUUGAGGAGUUUGAGAAAGAUGAGCUUCUUAAGGUUGAUGGCGAAGGACGUUGUGUUAUGACUGAUCAUGGUCAUUUUGGGAGAAAUUUGAAACUUUUUCUUGCGUUUGAUUAUGGCGUUGGAAUGUGGGAUUUACGAUGUGAUUUUGGUCAGUUCUGUUCAAUUUGUAUGGGCCUCGAGCUCAAUGUGACGAUGCGGAAAGGAUCGAGUUUAAGCUCAACUUCUACAAGAUAUUGCAGAUGGGAGUCUUUGCUGUGUGAGGGAAGGAGGAUAAUUGUUGUUGGUGAUCUAAACAUUGCACCCACUUCUUUAGAUCGCUGUGAAGCAGGACCAGAUUUUGAAAACAAUGAAUUCAGAAGAUGGUUUCGAUCCAUGUUAGUGGAUAAUGGAGGCGCUUUCUCUGAUGUUUUCAGAGCAAAACAUCCUGAUAGGACGGAAGCAUACACAUGCUGGCCACAGAAUACGGGUGCAGAAGAAUUCAAUUAUGGGACAAGAAUUGACCAUAUUCUUUGUGCUGGACCAUGCUUGCACCAACAGCAGGACCGGCAAGACCACAGCUUUGUAACUUGCCACUUCGAGGAGUGUGACAUAUUGACACAGUAUAAACGAUGGAAACCGGGAAAUACACUCAGAUGGAAAGGGGGACAGCGCAUCAAGCUAGAAGGCUCUGAUCAUGCUCCUGUUUAUACAAGUUUACUGCAACUACCUAACAUUCCUAAACACAGCACCCCAUCUUUAUCUGCCAGAUACAUACCUAUGGUUUACGGUAUCCAGCAAACUCUUGUGUCCACAUUAAUGAAAAGACAAGUUGCAAAAGAAAUUAAGCCUUCCGAAGUAUCAAGUUCAUUUCCAGAUGGAGACAAUAUUCUUGGAAGCUGUGCUGAUAGAGAGAAAAGAUCUUUUGAUCAAUGUGAUGUACCUGGUGUACCCUGCGGAAACCUUUGUUCUUCAAGCCAAGAAUCUGAAGUUCUCAUUUCAAAAGGAGAUAAGAUUCAAAGAGUUCCUGGUGGCAAAGUUGCUUCUAUUACCUCAAUUACACCAGGGAGUAAAUACAUCAGAUCAAUUUCUAAUAACGAGACAAAGAAAAAAGCGAAGAAAAACCAGCGUUCCCAACUCUCAAUUAUGUCAUUUUUCCAUAAAACUUCAAUCGUUAGCAAUGGUGUUGGUGUAAAUAGUUCAACUAAUCAGGAAGAUAUUUUUGAGACUAGUGAUCUGUCAAAUGAGUCUCUGUUGGGGGAUGGUCAAACUCAGAACCUCAGUCAGAGUGAUAGUCCUCAGCAGAUUGAGUUGGAGUCAAAUGAACCAACUUUGGAUCAGAUUGAAGUGAAUACUUGUUCUUCAGAGAAGAAUAGUGUUGCUCUAUUGGAGUGGCAAAGGAUACAGCAGAGGAUGCAGAAUAGCAUACCUCUUUGCAAGGGUCACAAGGAACCUUGUGUUGCUCGAGUUGUGAAGAAACAAGGGCCAAAUUUCGGUCAUCGAUUUUAUUGUUGCGUACGAGCUGAGGGACCUGCAUCUAAUCCUGAAGCAAAUUGUGGUUAUUUUAAAUGGGCUGCUUCAAAAUCACGAGGAAAAUGAUGAUAGUGAUUAAUAACUUGAGUUUUCAUUUUUACUAAAAGCUGCUCUCUUUCUUGUUUUUCUCUUUUUUGUCUUCUAUUUUUCAGUAUUUCUUACGGUGCACUACUCAUGCUAACAACCAUGUUCUGUAAAUGUGAUAUUUAUUAUAUAUUAUCUCGAUUUUCAUUCA